UAAAGUUCCUAAUUUGCCACAGAGGACAGUGGCAUGUCACAGUUGAUUCUCCAUCAUACCAGACAAUCUUUGGAAACAAGGUGUGGGCAACGCCACACCUGGGUGAAACAGUACAAAGGUGGAAACAAAAACCAGGUGUUUCAUUUCAUUACAAAUGCCAUCUAAUACCGGUCAUCUUGUUGAUCGUCUCGUUGGGUUGAUAACUAGCAGCCGUCAUAAAGGCUAUCUUUUACAGUCGGCUCAUUUCCAUUUUACUGCUUCAGGUUUUCCUUUCUUGAUGGGUACCCUCCACGGGUUCGUUGCCCUUUUUUUUGGCCUUCAGAUCGUCACACUUGCAAUGGGCUUUAGUAGUGGGGGAUUUUUUCAGUCUUGCACUUCCCUGUUGCCUGACCAUUCAUUCAAUGGUGUAGAUUUUCCCCCACAGAACAGCGAUAUACCUUUUGAGGUCAAUGCCAUCGCCGGUGAGGGGGAGUCAAUUAUCGUGACUCUAGGAAGCAGGUCGUCUGCUGCUCAACCAUUUACAGGGUUCAUGGUGGAUGUCCGGAAGUCAGAAAUAGAUCCUGCCAAUGGAAGUUUCGUUGAGUUUGGUCCUAGAAGUACUGGCUUGACGUGCAAUGGCAUUCAGGAUUCUGCUGUUACUCAAAACUCAAACGUUCCGAAGACUUUUGUUCAAGUUAAAUGGCAAGCACAGGAAAAUGGAUCCUCUUCAUUCUUUUUGCGAGCCACAUUUGUUCAAGAUUUCACCACAUUUUGGAGUCCAGUGAAUGUCACUAUACAGACACCAGCUUCAACAACAAAGCCAUCAACUACAACACUAACUUCCAAGCCCAGUACAGAACAACCAAGUACAGAACAAACAAGUACUACACUUGGUACAAAUCAAGGUACUAGUGCUAUUCAACAAAUUACUACAGAUACUACACAACCAAGUGCUACACAACAAUCGUGUAUUGUCGAACUACUAAAUAUAUAUUCUAUAUUUGAUGCAUCAUCAGGUGGAACAACCUUAAGCGUACUAUGUAGGCCUAUCUAUUAUGUGAGCUUGAUUAUUUGUUCAUGGAGUAUACUUGAUGGCUUUUUUGUCAUCAAAUAGCGCCAAUGUCACAUGGGACGUGUUUUUAUUUCAUAAGGUUUUACCAUUUUUGCUGUUAUUAAAACCAUUGUGAAAUGCCUGUUGUUUUUUUUCAACCAUCUACUACUUUCUUAUACAAAAUUAUAUUUGUUUUAACAAACUUUAAAACUCUCAUUGUUCUCUAUUCCCGCCGGUACAUGACAUAUGGGUUGCCUCGUACCUGGUGCUCCCUCCCUAAUCAUUUAUCCGCCACUGGAGAGUGUUGGGUACACGCCCCUGUGGGGGAGCUUUGAUUACGCACUGUUUGCAUUCCAAAAUUUGAUUGACAGGUCAGAUGGAUACUCUGAACCAAUGAGGGAAGAGAGGCCCUGCAAGGUCAGAAAUGAGCAGGGAGAGGUCAACAUCAAGUGUAUCUCAUGUUAAGAAAUGUAAAGAGACAUACUGUAUGUAGUCAACCAGAACUCAUAUUCUCACAGAGCAUUAUAAUAACUGAUGGAUCACUGAUGUAUUUCUAAAAGUGACACUCAAAAUAUAUACCUAGCUCUUAAAUCUACAAAAUAACAAACUAUUAACUAUCUACUAACUAUUUAAACUGAAUAAAAUCAUUAAUUUCACGUCAA